AUGCGGGCAGAAUGGGUGAAAACAGACAAAUUUGCUGCGAUCUCCGACAUCUGGACACGUUUAAAAAAGAACUGGGCUGAGAGUUUUACUUUAGGAGAACACAUGACCAUAGAUAAACAGCUGUUCCCUACCAAGGUUCAUUGUCCAUUCACACAGUAUACCAAAAACAAGCCAGACAAAUUUGGGAUCAAUUUCUGGAUGGCCAUGGAUUUGGAGACCAAAUAUGUCUGCAAUGCAUCUCCAGAGAACGUGGUCAUGAAUCUGAUGGAGCCAUUUUUGGAUGAUGGGAGAAAUGUCACCAUGGACAAUUUCUUUACUUCACUGUCACUGUCGCACAGACUGCUGCAGCGCAAAACAACGCUACUGGGCACAAUGCACCCGUGCUCAGUUUGUGGGAAGACAUUUACACAAAAUUCUGUUCUGAAAGAACACCAGCGUGUCCACACAGAAGAGAAGCGGUAUCACUGUGAACAGUGUGGGAAGAGUUUUAUUUACCAGAGUCAUCUCAAAAGACACCAGAGUAUCCACACAGGAGAGAAGCCGUAUCACUGUGAACAGUGUGGAAAGAGUUUUAAUCGAGAUAGUACUUUUCGGGUACACCAGCGAAUCCACACAGGAGAGAAGCCGUAUCACUGUACACAGUGUGGGAAAAGUUUUAUCCGAUUUUCUCAUCUUCAAGUACACCUGCGAAUCCACACAAGAGAGAGGCCGUAUUACUGUGAACAGUGUGGGAGGAGUUUUGCUCAUCAGAGUAGCCUCAAGGUACACCAGCGAAUCCACACGGGAGAGAAGCCGUAUCACUGUAAACAGUGUGGGAAGAGUUUUACUCAUCAGAGUGGUCUCAAAGAACACCAGCGUAUCCACACAGGACUGAAGCCGUAUCACUGUGAACAGUGUGGGAAGAGUUUUACUCAACAGAGUAGUCUCAAGGUACACCAGCGAAUCCACACAGGACUGAAGCCGUAUUACUGUGAACAGUGUGGAAAGAGUUUUACUCAACAGAGUAGUCUCUCUGUACACCAGCGUAUCCACACAGGAGAGAAGCCGUAUCACUGUGAACAGUGUGGGAAGAGUUUUAAUCGCCAGAGUCAUCUCAAAAUACACCAGCGUGUCCACACAGGAGAGAAGCCGUAUCACUGUGAACAGUGUGAAAAGAGUUUUACUCGCCAGAGUCAUCUCACAAUACACCAGCGUGUCCACACAGGAGAGAAGCCGUAUUACUGUGAACAGUGUGAAAAGAGUUUUACUCGUCAGAGUAGUCUCAAAGAACACCAGUGUAUCCACACAGGAGAGAAGCCAUAUUACUGUGACCAGUGUGGGAAGUUUUUUACUCAACAGCAUAGUCUCAAGGCACACCAGCGAAUCCACACAGGAGAGAAGCCGUAUUACUGUAAACAGUGUGGAAAGAGUUUUAUUCACCAGAGUCAUCUCACAAUACACCAGCGAAUCCACACAGAAGAGAAGCCGUAUCACUGUGAACAGUGUGGGAAGAGUUUUAAACGAGAAAAUUAUUUUCAGAAACACCAGCGAAUCCACACAGGAGAGAAGCCGUCUCACUGCUGACAUUGUGGGGAAAGUUUUCGUUAUUCGAGUGGCCUUCUCAAACACCAGCAGAAUCAUACAGGACAGAAGCUGUGAUUCUGUGGAAAAUGUGGGCGGAGCUAUGCUCAUUGACGAUCAUUACAAAAGCACAAGUGCCCUAACAUCAGCUCCUGAUGUGAAUUUUUUAAACUAAGAAUAAUGUUUUUGUAAUUUAGUUUUUACUUUUCAGUAAUCACACCAGGGCACAGACACAGAAAAAGCCAUCAGAAUAUUGUUUACAUCUAAUUUAGAGGGAGAAUUCUAGUCCAACUACACCUAACUAAAUUCUAUGGCAAGAAGUUCGGGUCAUUACACACACGUGCUUUCUGAACAUCAUCUGAUAGAUCAGUUAGCUUAAUAAGGAUUACAAUGUUAUCUACACUAUUAUACACACACUAGAUAUAUACUGUAUAUACACACACAUUGUGCCAAAUGAGUGUUGAAUAUUCCAUUCCUCCAGCAGGUAACAGGGUGUUGGAUAGAACAUUUUCUGAAAAAAUGCGUCCCGCUAGUAAAUGACAUCCAUACUGGGAUAAGGAUAUAUGUCAGAUCAUGGAAUGUAUUUGUUAUGGACCAAUGUACAAAAUACAACCUGAGACCGGUAAGAAAAC